AUGGUGCUCAAACUACGGGGCGACAUUUCAGACGCUUUGAGACUAAUUCAGAGAGAAAUUGGCAAGGGAAGUUUUGUAAAAUUCCUGACCGAAGCAGAGCUUCGGAUGGUGGAAUUGAUGAUGGAACAAAAUAUGGUCAAAGAAGUCCUUGUCGUUACAAAACUGUUUCUAUCGAAGAGACCGGCUGACUGGCUCUUAUGGAAACAUUGCUUCGACGCAGCGAUUGAUAUAGUUAACAGCGAUCCGGAGUUAUUGCAAAAGUACGUCGAUGAGAUAUGUGAAUUUAUUGAAAGUUGUGUAGCAGACAGUAACGAACGAUGCCCUGUGAUACGGGGACCGCGUUUAGCGAGACUCGAUUUUCUUUGUACCGUUUUGACGAACGUUGCUUUUCGUGGCGCAAAGCUCCCUGAUCACUGGAACGUUGCUUCGUUGUUGAUAGACUACUUCCAGAUGUUCGCUUCCAAGAACUGUUGUUACCGGGACUUGGUGCCUUUCAUUGGAUUCGUUUCCGACAGCGAAAAAGAAAAGAUCUUCGACCAAAUGUCGAGGCUCUGUGGCGGCCUUCGUGUCGAUUUCGCGUCAGGCAAGAAGGAAGACAGCGACAUGACGUUCGCGCAGAAUGUAAGUUCGUCAAAUGCGGACGCAUAUCUGCGCUUUGCUCCUUUGCAAUGCAAUGAGAUGUCCAAAGCCAUCGCCGUUAAAUUCGGAACAGGCAUUCAGUCUCUACGAACAAUGCGUCUACCGAUACCGAGAGGAGCUGUUCUGCCGUUUGAGCUGCAAUACGCUGAUCGGUACAUUCUUUUGGCGUUUUGGACCAUGUGGGACAUGUUCGCAAUGGACGGCAAACCGUCACGCGUUUGGACAAUGGUAGCGCUACUCGAGGAGGCAGCGGCCAACAGUCCAUCAAACUUUGCUUUUCGCAUUCUGUUGAUGAAGUGCUACUCGUUGCUUGGCGCCGCGGAAUGCAUCGUGACGCUAUGCGAAGACAUGGACAUUAAAUACAUAAUGCGAGAUACUUUAUGGUAUCUCAUAUAUGAUCAGCUGAGUCCCUUUGGCUUGUAUGAAGAGCUGCUACAAUGGCUUAGUGCGUCGUCUAUGUUCUACAGCCAGAGCAAGAAAGAAAUAGUGGACUGUGUAAUUCAGUGUUUCAAGUCGGCGUCGUUCAUGAAGAUACUUGAAUUCUUCGACUUCAGCCGGAAGCUGGACAAUUCGUUUCUAAAUACGGCAUCCUUCAUUAGUCAGCAGUACUUCUAUAUGAUCACUGACUGCGAAAGCGUUGACCAGAUCGAAGGCUUGAUGCAGCGAGCGGCAGUGCAGGAUUACAUGAAACGAACCAUUGAUUGGAAGGCGUUCACUUUCAACAUGGAUUUCGACGUCGUUGUAUACUACGGUUCCGCUGAAUUGCGUGCGCCAAUCGAAGACGUAAACAAGUGUGUCACUCAGGAGUUGAUCGAUCAGCUGAAAUUUCAAGAUUUCGUUUUCAAGAUAUUCUAUAAAUUAUGCGGUUUGGGCGUAAAAGUGGUUGCACAUGAGUCAGAUACGAACCUAGAAGCAGAAGCGGUGGCGAAUGGACAGGAGGACGAAAAGGCGAAAUUGACAUCAUUGUCGUUGGACGAAGCAGCAAAUUUGUUGAAUGAACUAAUGAGGCACUGUCGUGCAUGCCAGGAGAGUCCGGUGGUGCUAGCUGAUGCUUACGCGAUUGCCGCCAUGCCACGGUCGUUCUUUAACAUGUAUUUGUCUGCCACCUAUCUGGACGUGCUUGAGUAUGUGUUGACCGUUUGCAUUUCUACCAUGAAAAGAGCCAUGGAUGAAGACAAAGAGAAAGCGAGCUGCUGCAGUAACCAACGAAGUGUUCUGUCGCCGUCAUCGCCCGACAAACUGCAGCUGUUGAUGCGAAACAUGUUUGCUUGCCAUCACCUGCAUGACUGGUUUUCGUCAUUUCCCGAGAAACAGCUUAUUCAUGUAUCGUACUUGCUGCAGACUUUCAGCGUGAUUCUUCUAGCCUGCGAAGUCGCGUUUCAAACUCUUAAAAAGCCAAUCCCUCAGAAGUCAAAAAAGUUUCGCAGGAAAAAAGACCAAGUUCCCAUCAGUGACGAAUCACUUCAUAAAAAGGCAGCUUUCCACGACGAGUUUCAGAACUUUUGUAACGUCGUCAUCCAAGCCAACGAAACGUGUUGCGGUCUUAUUUCUGACCUGAACCUCAUACUGGAUACGAAUGGCAACUUGCUUAAGUUCGACAGUUCUGCUUUAACUUUAGAGAAAUAUGAAACGCUGGUGCGCUACAAAGUUAUGGGAAGUUAUCGGAAGUCGUUGAAGGCAUUGCGGUGUUUAUAUACUCACAAUGAGAUUAUGGCUUUAUCGUUGAACAAAAAGAUUAAAUAG